ACUCUACCCGAGAGCAAGAGCGAGAGCGGCCAUCUUGGCCAGUUGAGUGUGAGGUAGAGAGGAGCUUAGCGUCUGUUAGCGGUGAGAGGAGUCCUCCGGCUGCGAUGGAGCCUCCCGUAUUUCAUCCUCCUUCAGGCAUGGAGAGCGCAAGUGUUGGUGAAACGCAGAAGAACGUACUGCUCGAGGUCCUCAGCUACUGCAGGUUCUUGCAUGCGGCAGUGCAGAGGCUCGAGCAGAAGAUCGACAACCUGCAGCCCAAGUACAGGAAUCCGGAGAUCUCAGAAGAGCCGAUGGUGGCAGUGAGAGGCGGUCAGCUCUCCUGGUCCCUCGCUCAGCGUCUCGGGCCUUCACCUCAGACAAAACCGCUGAGAAACUCUGCACGGGGGCAGGACGCAGCACAUGUCCUUCCUCACAGCGUCGGAGGAAAGAGGAACAGACGCAGGAGACGUCGAGCUCAGAGAGCGUCCGAGCCGAAACAGGAAGCAGCCAGAGAUGCUGAAGAGGAGGAUCCACGAGAUAACGACAUGCAGAAGAGCAGCAGAGCGAAGCGUCGGAGAAAACAAAGGAAACGUCUCGCUGCAGCUGGAUCUGAACCUGAGGAGCCACUGAGCGUAAAGGAGGAGAACCGUAAUGCAGAAAUCAUUAUAAAGAAUAAGAAGUACACAAAGCGUCGUCUCGUGUCCAAGAUCGCCUGACUCCAGGACGCGUCGUGGGACGUUAGCUCUUCGUUACCGCGUGGGAUCGAGGCUCGUUGCACACUUCAUCAGGAUAAACCUUCUCUGUUUUUACUGUCUAAAUAUAACAUCUGAAUAAAGAUUCAUUGUUUUUUUUUUUUGUUUUU